AUGUCCAAGACCUUCACCCAAGCCGACGUUGCGUCGCACAAGACGACUGAUUCCUUGUGGAUCACCAUCGACGGCGAUGUUUAUGACCUGACCAAGUUCCAGGAUGACCAUCCAGGCGGCAAGAAGAUCCUCCAGAGAGUCGCCGGCAAGGACGCCUCGAAGCAGUUCUGGAAGUAUCACAAUGAGGGUAUUCUCAAGAAGUAUCAGAAGCUCCAGAUUGGCUCGUUAGAUACCAAGCCCAAGAAGGAGGCACCCCCUGCUCCCGCGCCCAAGAAGGAGGCCCCUAAGCCUAAGCCUGCUGCUGCUUCUUCUGCCCCUGCUGGGGAGGCUGAGGCUCUUGAGCCGUUUGGAGAGCAGAUUCCUUUUGGUGAUCCUGCGUGGUACCAGGGCCACCACUCCCCCUACUUCAACGAGACCCACGCCGCCCUCCGCGCCGAAGUCCGCGAGUGGGUAGAGACCGAAGUCGAGCCCUACGUCACCGAAUGGGACGAGAAGAAGGAGGUCCCCGCCCACAUCUACAAGCAGAUGGGCGAGCGCGGCUACCUCGCCGGUCUCCUCGGCACCCACUACCAAAAGGACUACGUCAAGAACCCCAUCAAGUCGGUCCCCGCCGAGAAGUGGGAUCUCUUCCACGAGAUGCUCCUCACCGAUGAGCUCUCCCGCGUUGGGUCCGGUGGCUUCGUCUGGAACGUCAUUGGUGGCUUCGGCAUCGGCUGCCCCCCCUUGGUCAAGUUCGGCAAGAAGUCUGUCGUCGACCGUGUCCUCCCUGGCAUCCUCAACGGCGACAAGCGCAUCUGCUUGGCCAUCACCGAGCCCGACGCCGGUUCUGACGUCGCCAACCUCACCUGCGAGGCUAAGCUCUCCGAGGAUGGCAAGCAUUAUAUCGUCAACGGCGAGAAGAAGUGGAUCACCAACGGUAUCUGGUGCGACUACUUCACCGUCGCCGUCCGCACCGGCGGCCCCGGCAUGAACGGUGUUUCCCUCCUGCUCGUCGAGCGUGACUUCGGCGGUGUCUCCACCCGCAGGAUGGACUGCCAGGGCGUCUGGUCUUCGGGCACGACCUACAUCACGUUCGAGGACGUCAAGGUCCCCGUCGAGAACCUCAUCGGCAAGGAGAACCAGGGUUUCCGCGUCAUCAUGACCAACUUCAACCACGAGCGCAUCGGCAUCAUCAUCCAGUGCCUCCGUUUCUCCCGCGUCUGCUACGAGGAGUCGGUCAAGUACGCCAACAAGAGGAGGACAUUUGGAAAGAAGCUGAUUGAGCACCCCGUCAUCCGGCUCAAGCUGGCGCACAUGGCGAGGCAGAUCGAGGCGUCGUACAGCUGGUUGGAGAAUGUGAUUUACCAGUGUGAGAAGAUGGGCGAUACCGAGGCUAUGCUUCGUCUCGGCGGCCCCAUUGCCGGUCUCAAGGCUCAGGCUACCGUCACGUUUGAGUUCUGCGCCCGCGAGGCGUCGCAGAUUUUCGGCGGCUUGUCCUACUCUCGCGGUGGGCAGGGUGGAAAGGUCGAGAGACUGUACCGUGAUGUGAGGGCUUAUGCUAUCCCUGGCGGUUCCGAGGAGAUUAUGCUUGACCUCAGCAUCAGGCAAAGUAUGAGGGUUGCCAAGAUGUUGGGUAUGAAGCUUUAG